AUGGAAGCAAAUAUUCGAGGGAGUCAUAUGAUUUCAUCCAAUUCAAUUUAUUUUGACGUUAUCUCCAAACAUAUGGAUGAUACAUGGGUUCUACGCUUUAUUUCAAGUAACAUCAGAGGGAAAUUUUUUUCAUGUUCUUGUGAAUGGGGUUAUGUUUGUUGGGAAUCAGUUGGCUUUUACUGCGAUGCAUUCUCAUGUACACCAGUGAAUUUAAUAUACACUGAUAUUUUUCCUGGUCUGAGAACUGGCUGUCAAAUUUUGGACUACUCCGCUUCUACACUCGAAUGUUUUUACAAUCAAUCAUGUGUUCAGAUGCUGAUCGACAAUCGCCUUCAUGGCUUUGAAGAUGUCUAUCAACCACUUGAUUUGAGUCAUAUAACAGCACUUCAUCCGAACGAAACGAUCUUUUUCGGUUUUCAAGAUCCAUUUGUAAUUUUUCAGUUCUAUGCUUUUAUUGAUCAAUGGAAUGAGACGGCUGAUUAUCAAUCGUACUUUGCUCAAUGUCAACCAAAGAUAUGUACCUACAUGAUUGCUCAGAAAUUGAAACCGAUCGCUAUUGCUAACUCAAUUUUAGGUCUCAUUGGAGGUCUUAGUGUUCUCCUUCGUCUCCUUGUUCCAUCAUUUACCUAUAUUAUUCAUCAAAUUCAUCUUUUAUAUCGCCAUAAGAUACGAGGUAGGAAAAUUUAUUCUUCGACUGUUUCAUUAUGUUGA